AUGAGAGUUGUUUAUGAAAAACAAUAUACAGAAGAUGAAAGUAGCUCUGUAGUUUCCAGUAAAUACUCACAUGACAAUUUAAAAUUGCCAAAAGUACGUAUGAAAGAGUAUGAUCUAAUACCUAGAACCUGGGUUGCGUUUUGGGGACAAUUUUGUCGCAUUGAUGAAGAUGAGAAUAUAAGAGAAGAAGAUAAGUUUCAAUAUUUAUUAUCUUCGUUAAAACCAAAAACAAAGGCUCGUGAUAUUGUGGAAAGUUACCCACCGUCUAAGGACAAUUAUGCGAAAGUUAUAGAGCAUUUGAAGUACCGAUUUGGGAGGAAGGAUUUACUGAUUGAAGUUUACAUUCGAGAUUUAUUAGCAUUAGUCAAUAGUAAAUCGAAUAUCAAGUUAAAUGAUUUGUACGAUAAACUUGGUUCAUAUUUACAUGCGUUAGAGACAUUAGGUGUGACAACGUCUAAUUUUGCAGCAAUGUUGUAUCCAGUUGUUGAAUCGUGUCUCCCAACAGAAAUCUUAAAAGCAUGGGAUAGAUAUAGGCUGAAUAGAGAAGACAAAGAAGAUGAUCCUGUUGUCUCGAAGGAUAAAGUCCUAGAAAAUCUUAUGACUUUUUUACGUCAUGAAGUAGAAGGCGAAGAACAUCGUUUUCUAGCAGAAACUUCAUUUGGCGAUGGUAUGAAACGUAAAGAAUCUCAUAAACCACCACUAAGAGAUGAACCCACUGCUGCUACUCUAAUUGCGAAUACAUCCGUUGGAAGAAAUCAGUGUAUUUUCUGUGAGCGUGCUCAUGCAAGUCAAGACUGCCAGAAAAUCUCCAACUUGGCUUAUGAGGACAGAAAAGGACAAGUUAUGCGCAAGAGAUGCUGCCUCGUUUGCCUUAAGCCUGGUCAUAUGGCAAAAAGGUGCCUUAGUUUCGUUAAAUGUUUGAUUUGUGGACGAAGGCAUUAUGCUUUACUAUGUCCAGAUUUACGAAAGGAUAAAAUUUCCUCGAAGAGUAGAGAAGUUGAUGAGGAGCAACAUUCCACGGAAACUUUGUUAACAAAUCUUCCCUCAGAACGUAAAAUUUAUCUAAAAACUAUCACUGUCAGACUACGACAUAAAAACGAAGAAGUCUGUGUUCGCGCAUUGAUGGAUGAUGGAUCCCAUCGUUCUUAUAUUGAAAAGUUGGUUGGUUGA